AUGACUGUGCAGUAUAUGGAAACCGAAGCAGUCGCAUCCCUUUAUAGAGGUAUCACCAAGGCGUCCCUUGAAAACGCAGUCGAUACCAUGCGGCUGAAUAUCCUGAACAUGUACUUCCACCCGAAGGAUGGUUUUGUGCUCCACCCCCAGAUACCACUCUCGGCAGCCAGUAGCAGGCGGGGGAAUAUUGCAGUUGCCCGUGUGAAUACUGUGGGCCACCAAGAGCUCGUUAUUCUCUGUGAGAACGAGCGUGCUGAGUUUGAGGGGCGGAACGCCGAGUGGAAGGAGGCCCUUGAGCAACUGACUUCCUAUCUCAAUAUUUCGGAAUCGGCCGUCACUGUCGAAUCUACCAGCUUGGUGGGAAGCAAGGGGAGGAACUAG